AUGGGUGUUCCCUAUUGCAUCAUCAAGGGCAAGGCCAGGCUGGGCUACCUCAUCCACCGGAAGACCUGCACCACUGUUGCCUUCACACAGGUGAACCCGGAAGAUAAAGGCGCUCUGGGGAAGCUGGUAGAAGCCAUCAGAACCAAUUACAAUGACAGAUAUGAUGAGAUCCGCCGCCACUGGGGAGGCAACGUCCUGGGGCCCAAGUCAGUGGCCCACAUCACCAAACUGGAGAAGGCCAAGGCCAAAGAACCCACCACCACUGGGCUAAUAGGAAGAACUCAGAUCUCCAAUGACUCUAAAUUGCCUAUAAUCACCCUGAUGUGA